AGUGAGGGGCAGCCCGCGUUUGUCACCAUGGGGGAGGUGGACGGACAGACCAUUGAUCGCUACGACAGUGAGACUCAGAGAGCUGAACCCCGUGUGCCCUGGAUGCAUCAGGAGGGUCAGCAGUACUGGGACAGGGAGACCCAGGUCGCGCAGGGUGCCCAGCAGGUUUUCCACGUCGACCUGGACAAACUGCAGAAACGCUACAACCAGAGCGGGGGGUACCACACCCUGCAGACCAUGUAUGGAUGUGACCUCCUGGAGAACGGGGAGAUCCGAGGAUACAGCCAGUUUGCCUAUGAUGGGAGGGACUUCCUCGCCCUGGACAAGGACACAUUGACAUGCACAGCAGCGGAUGAUGCUGCUGUAAUCAGCAAGAGGA